AUGAAAGCCGCCCCCUCACAGGGCGGCAGCGGCCGCGCAGGACAGCGCCGCGCCGGCAUCCCGCGCAGUAAGGCCUGCCCCCGCAGCCGUGCCGCCCGCACCCAACAGUGGGCGCGUUCCCGCAGCCCGAGGCCCUCCCUCUGCCUCCACAGCGCUCGGCUCUUCGUCUGCCUGCGCCGCUCCCUGCAGUCUCCUCGGCGUCGAGCGCGGGUACCGCCGCCCUCCGCCCUCUGUUCGGCGCAGAGCCCCGCAGGGUGUUCUCCCGCCUCGGUACGGACCGCAGCGGAGCGCGCGCGAUCGGAACGCGCCUCAGAGCACCGCUCCGCCGAGCACGGCCGGAUUCGCGGCGGGCGGGUAAGGCCCGAGGGAGCCGCACUGGCUGAAAGCGGCGGGGAAGCUCCCGGCUGGGCUGAGCCCCAGGGCCCCAAAGAUGCGAAGGCCGUUCUCCCGCGGUCCGACGCGGGCUCGCCCGGCUCCCAGAGCCGAACGGUGACGACGGCGCUCGAAGGAGACAGGCCCGCCACGGCCGGCCGCGGCACCUCCGCAGCCCCGCCGUGCCGUGCGGCGGAGCGCGUGCGCAGCCCGCUCCCUCCUCCCUGCGAGGUGCCGCGGGGAGCGCGGCACGCAGGCGUAGCGGCCGGCGAGAGAGAGCGGCCGCCGGUGGGCGGGGCCGGCCGCGGGGACGUUGCAACUCGUCGGGGGCGGCUGCGGCGCCAUUUUGAAUCGGCUGCGGAUCGGAGGCGGUGGCUGCCGAGCGCGGCUCCGCACCCCCUGAGAAAACCGGGGAGAAGGGAGCGAGGGCUGAGCAUGGCGGCGAAUCGGAACUUGAAGCAAGUGCGGAUCGAGAACAGCUCCCCAGCGGCGCCGCUGGGGAUGGUGGGGGGCGGUGGCGGCGGCCUGAAGGGGCUGCGGGGCCUGGAGACGGAGAACGAGGCGGCGGCCAUGGCGCUUGUGCCGGGCAAGGAGGGCGGGGAUGAGGAGCAGGAGGGCGGGUUCACAAUCGACAUCAAAAGCUUUCUCAAACCCGGCGAGAAGAGCUACACGCAGCGCUGCCGCCUGUUCGUGGGCAACCUGCCGACCGACAUCACCGAGGAAGAUUUCAAGCGCCUCUUCGAGCGCUAUGGGGAGCCCAGCGAGGUCUUCAUCAACCGGGACCGCGGCUUCGGCUUCAUCCGCCUGGAAUCUAGGACACUGGCCGAAAUAGCAAAAGCAGAACUUGAUGGUACUAUUUUGAAGAGCAGACCACUUCGAAUUCGAUUUGCUACGCAUGGAGCUGCCCUAACAGUCAAGAAUCUUUCACCCGUGGUUUCUAAUGAGCUGCUGGAACAAGCAUUCUCUCAGUUUGGACCCGUGGAGAGAGCUGUAGUUGUAGUAGAUGAUCGCGGCAGAGCUACAGGAAAAGGUUUCGUAGAGUUUGCGGCAAAACCUCCGGCACGGAAAGCUCUAGAAAGAUGCAGUGAUGGUGCAUUCUUGCUAACAACAACACCUCGACCUGUUGUUGUAGAGCCAAUGGAGCAAUUUGAUGAUGAGGAUGGGCUCCCAGAGAAGCUAAUGCAAAAAACACAACAGUACCACAAGGAAAGAGAACAGCCUCCACGUUUUGCUCAACCUGGAACAUUUGAGUUUGAGUAUGCUUCACGUUGGAAGGCUCUUGAUGAGAUGGAAAAACAACAGCGUGAACAGGUUGACAGGAACAUUAGAGAAGCCAAAGAGAAACUAGAGGCAGAAAUGGAAGCAGCUAGACAUGAGCAUCAGCUAAUGUUGAUGAGGCAAGAUCUCAUGCGGCGUCAGGAAGAAUUGAGACGUUUGGAAGAACUUCGGAAUCAAGAACUUCAGAAACGCAAGCAGAUACAGUUGAGACAUGAAGAAGAACAUAGACGGCGUGAAGAGGAGAUGCUACGCCAGAGGGAACAGGAGGAAUUGAGACGGCAGCAGGAGGGAGGAUUUAAGCCAAAUUUCAUGGACAACAGAGAACAGGAAAUGAGAAUGGGUGAUAUGGGUCCUCGUGGAGCAAUUAACAUGGGAGAUGCGUUUAGCCCAGCACCUGCUGGUAACCAAGGCCCUCCUCCAAUGAUGGGUAUGAAUAUGAACAACAGAGGAACUUUGCCUGGCCCUGCAAUGGGUCCUGGUCCUUCCAUGGGACCAGAAGGAGCUGCAAAUAUGGGAACACCAAUGAUGCCAGAUAAUGGAACAGUGCAUAAUGAGAGAUUCCCUCAAGGAGGUCCAUCACAGAUGGGCUCACCUCUGGUUAGUAGAACGGGCUCCGAAACUCCUCAGCCGCCCAUGAGUGGUGUAGGUACCGUGAGUGGUGGACCUGGUGGCUUUGGUAGAGGAAACCCAGGGGGCAACUUUGAAGGACCUAACAAGCGUCGCAGAUACUAAAACUUACUUCAUUCCUUGCUGUUAAGAAAUUCCAGUAAACAUAUACAGUGAUAUGCCUUUAUAAUUUUAGCUGUUAUCUGGAAACGGUUUUAUUGUUACUGUAGUCUUUAAAACAGUUUCUUUUGUAAAACUUUUUUGUAUUCAGUCAUAGGCUUUGUAGUAUAGAGCAGAAAUUAUGCAGAUCAUUAUGUAAGGCAAUGUGUUUGUGACUAGCAAAAUACAGUGUGUGACUAUGCUGUAAAACAUGCGGUUAUCUGAUGACAAUAAAAUAUAAAAUUCACUUGAAAGGAUUUUGGGAAUGUUAUUACAAUACUGAGUGAGAAUAAUUUUAUGCUUGGUUAUAAGUGGCAUCAUUUUCAUUCUUCGUAUGCAGUUUCUACUUGUGUGUCGAAAAUUCCGUUCUUAGUGAAUCUGUUCAGCUUGAAGUGCAUGUAGCAGUACAUACUAUGAACAAUUUACAUUGCAACUGCUUAAGUUUGCUUCAACUUCUGAAGAGCGUAAAGUUUUAUACAAAUUGUUCUUAUGAGGAUACUGUGUCUUUUUAUCUCAGCUUCCCUCUGCAAACUUAGUCUGACAGUGUCUGUCCUUUCAAUCGCUGGAAAAAUUUGAGAGAAAAAUAACCUCUGGAAAAGAAACCUGUAUGUUUACUUUGUUCACGAUGGAAUGAAUGAAUUUAUCUAAGAAACAUUGUUGUGAUGUGUUCUAAUGAUUGUUAAAGUAUCUUGGCAUUGCAAGGGAAGGAAGCAUUUGUGCAAGCUUGUUUAAAGCCUUCUGAUGUAUGAUGUAUCACUGUAGGUAUACAUGAGUACGUACUUCUCCCAGUGGUUGACAUGAAACAAAUCUGUUAUAACGAUUAACUGUUAAUUCAAAGACAAGUGUUCUCUGCUGAAAUGAUUGUUCACUCAUAGGUAGACCAUUCAUAUGCUUCUAGAAGGACUGCACAUUAGUAUAUGAUUCUUGACGUGGUUUUACUGAACAAUGAAUUUGGAAAACACUCAUUUUCAACGUUUCAGGCUAGCUUUGCUGAUUAGGUCUUAAGAUGGAACUAAUGAUAAAACUGCUAGGAAGCUUAUAUUCAAACUUCAUCAGUUGGGGAAGGUGAUGGAAAAGGCCUAUUGGUUCUAUUCCCAUACUGGCAAGAAAGCUGGGAUGUUUUUUGGUUAUACUGCUUUUUUUUCCUGUGAAAGUAUUAGUGUUCUGUUUUUAUCUGUUCGCUUCAUGUUUUCACAAGUAGAAAAGAUGAAUAUUAUUUGCAUGAGUAGUGGUAUUAAAUUGAUUCAAAACUAAUUUGAGGUAAUGUUGUUCCCUGAUUAUAUAAGGACAGUAUGUAUGUAGCUCAAAGCAUGAGAUGCAAGCAGCAGAGAGCAUGCAUGUAUUAUGUUCUAAUGUAGCAGUGAUGGUCUUGAUAAACUGUGAAUAAAUAGUAAUGGGAAAGAUGCAUUACUGACAUCUUGGAAGCACACUGUUUAAAUUGUCGAUGUUGUAUGGCCAAAGAUAGAGAUUGUUUUCAUGGAAUUUAAAUAUUACCAUAUACGUUAGAUACUCACUUGUGGCAUUACUAAGCAUUUUCCUCUCAAUCAUGUCUAAUGAUGUAUUUUUUUCUGCUCUCAUUUAGAUGCAUGCCACAUCUUUAUAGUUUGUAUUGCAAUAGUAAGAUAGAUUCAAAUUCUGAACUACUGCUCCCUCCUUGAUACAUGUAUCAUAUUAUAGUGCUCAUUCUUUACAAACAAACGAAAACCUUAUAACCAGUUUUACUAAGUAUACUGUUCCUAAAACUGAACAUUUGGGAAAACUGCUAUUCAUUAGGUGUGCACAAGUAUUGGUAGCAAAUGCUUAAGCUUUCUGCUUUCAUGUUCUGCAUUCAGUUGAAAAUACAGUUUACUAGUGUGUGUAAGUAUUAGAUUACUUACAUCCUAUCUCAUUAGGCCUUGUUUUGAACAUGAUGUUUUUAAUGGGGGUUGAGAAAGAUAGUAUUGGUCUGAGUUACUUGGUAAUUCUAAACUGCAAAAACCCUAAAAGGGAGCUUGGCUUAAAUAAGGUAACCUGUACCAUGUUUAUGAGUUUUGUUCUGGUUUUGUUUUUGUUUUUUUUUUU